UCAUUGAUGUUAGUGUAUUUGCAGUGGGCGGUCGUUUUUAUUAAUAAUAAAUAAUGUGCACGAUAUACGACGUUACGCGUAUUGGACUGUGAAACAAUAUUGCUUAACACUAUUUCAUUGGACGUUUAUUUACCAUGCAUAUUGUUAUGAACGGUUAGAAAUAGGUAUUAAUAUAGGAAUAUAAUAAAAAAGUUUUAAUAAAUAUAGAAAAUUAGUUUAUAAUAUCGAAUAUUUAAAUAAGAAAAAUGUCAAAGAGAAACUCUUUUGCGAUGUUACCGAAGACUGAGAAGAGGAUAAAAUUGGUGCCGCCUGAUGGUGGAUGGGGAUGGAUGGUUUUAAUUGGAACAGCUCUUUCGAAUAUUUUCAAUCAAUCAAUGCUGUCUCUGUUCAGUUUAUUGUACGGAGACGCAUUAGAAGCGAUGGGGCACAAUACCCAGGGAGCAGCCAUUGUUUUGAGUACUAUGUUAUUUGUCACAAAUUUCGGAGGUCCGAUAGCCGGAGCGAUCAUCAAACUAACGACACCUAGAUUCGUUGCAGUAUCCGGUGCUGUUUUUUGUACAAUAGGCAUUUUGCUCAGUGGAUUCUCGACAAAUAUUUGGCAUUUGGUCUUAACCUACGGUGUUUUCCUUGGAUUGGGUCUAGGAUUCAUUCAAAACGCCUCAUUUGUAGCCAUUAAUAGCUACUUCAAAGUACGGAAGAGCCUUGCCGUUGGACUUGCUAUGGCUGGGACAGGUGUGGGCCAGACACUCAUGCCUCAUGUUGUCCGAUAUUUUUUGGAGCAUUUCGGCUUUAAGGGCGCGUGUUUGUUGCUGGCGUCUCUUAGCUUACACGGGAUAUGCGGAACCAUGUUAAUUCAGCCAGUUGAAUGGCAUAUGAAGAAAGUUGAAGAAGAGGUAGUAGUUGAUGAAAAAAUGCAUCUACUCGAAGAAAAUAACAAAGAUAUGAAUAAAAAUAAAGAGUACAAUGGCAAUGGUGACGUUAACCACAAAGGUCAAGUCACCGCACUAGCUGUUGCUUCUGAGAAUGGAGUUGAUAAGAAUAUAUCACAAAGUCCAAAAGAGACGAACAAAAACGCCGCAUCAAAAGAAAAACUUAACGGAACCCAGGAUAUCCCAAAACCGAAGAAGACUUUGAUAAGAAAAAUUUAUGAAUUAUUUGAUAUUUCUUUAUUAUCAAGCCCUCGGUUUCUAAAUGUCAUUAUCGGAACAGCUCUUACUGUUGUUUCCAUUCAAAACUUCAGUAUGUUAUAUCCAUUUUUCUUGCAAAAAGUUGCAUCAAUGGAUAAACAGAAAACAGCUUACUGUAUGUCUGCAGUUGCUUUCGCUGAUAUUAUUGGAAGACUUACGUUACCAGCGUUACAAGACAAAUACAAAAUUAAGGCGAGGAUGAUGCUAAUUCUGACGAGCACGUGGUUAAUCAUAGUAAGACAAAUAUUGGCAUAUCAAACCGAUUUAUACGUAAUUCUGACACUGUCUGCAUUAUAUGGUUUCGGAAGAAGUAUGAUUAUUGUUGCAAGAAACAUCGCUAUAUCCGAAAAUUGUAGAAUGGAUCAAGUCCCUUCAGCUGUUGGAUUGGGCAUGUUAACAAUGGGCAUAAUAGUACCCCCUGUGGGCUAUUUCCUAGGCUGGAUCAGAGAUUACACUGGCAGCUAUGCUCUUUGCAUAACAUCGCAAAAUCUACUGAUGGUAUUAUUUUUAGUUAUGUGGAUACCUGACAUGAUAGUGAUAUAUUUCAAUGAAAGAAGAGAGAAGAGAAAAAGUGCGGAACAGUCAUUAUCACAGUGAUUUAGUGAUUACGGAUCAUGUACCUACUCGUUAGUUCGCACAGGUUUGUCUGUGAUAUUUGUAUAUUUACAACGGCUGUGAGAUUUCGAAAGUGUAUGAACAAUUUUACGUAUGUCACCAGUUUAGCAUUUAUAAGUAUUUGAGACUGACCGUGGAAGUGUUAUGUUGCGAUAUUAUAUUUGUACACCUACUAAUCGUUUGUUCGACAGUGCAAUAUAUAAUCUCUAGUCUAAUAAAUGAAUAAACCCCCCAUUAAUACUUUACUCAAUAAAUUAUACAUUUGUAUGACAUGAUGUUUAUUUAAAUAUACAUUUAUUCCGGUUUACGAAGUGCUAUGUAUAUAAAAAUCACAUUCUUAUAAAUUUAUUAAGUAGUAAAAUCUCAUAAAAAUAAAAGCAACGUAUUACAGUUUAUGAAAGUUUACCGAACGAUCGGUUCAGAAUUCUCAUGUUUAAUUCAGAAAUGGACGCCCAAGAGUCGCAAGGAUCGGGCGUCACCGGCAGACGUCCGUCGACUAGCAUACGGAUGUAAGCACUCUAUCUAAAUAUCCAAUGAAUUGGUGAUAAAUUUUAUAUUUAAAUAAUGUUUGGAUCAU